UCCCAACAUUUAACGUGAGAUUGAAGUCCCGCAGGAUUUUUCUUUUUCUGUAUUCGUGGGGAGUUUUCCUUCAGUAUGCACUGCAGACUCCGCCCACCCAGUGCUCAUCUGGCAGACGCCGGAGUGGCUAGGCAACGAACCCGGCUAUUGGCCGACGGUUUGUGAGAGAGACACCCAGAGAGCUAGAGACCUCGGGAGUACAUGAAGCCGACUGUUAACUUCAGGCUCUGUUCACCACACAAAGUCGGUCUACGUUAGGUAACGAUGAGUACAUCAGAGUCAUUGGAUCGAAUGGAACUCUGUGAAAGCCUGUUGACAUGGAUCCAGACGUUCGGCGUGGAGGCUCCAUGCAAGACAGUAGAAGACUUGACGAGCGGUAUCGUCAUGGCCCAAGCUCUACAGAAAAUAGAUAUAGUGUAUUUCAAUGAUGCUUGGAUUAGUAGAAUCAAGCCAGAGGUUGGGGACAACUGGAGGUUAAAGAUCAGCAAUCUAAAGAAAAUUCUUAAAGGCAUCCUGGACUAUAACCAGGAGAUCCUCGGUCAGCACAUCAAUGACUUCACAUUACCAGACGUUAACCUCAUCGGAGAGCACUCUGACGCGGCGGAACUCGGGAGGAUGCUGCAACUUAUACUGGGCUGUGCUGUCAACUGUGAACAGAAACAAGAAUACAUCCAGACCAUAAUGAUGAUGGAGGAGUCGGUGCAGCAUGUUGUCAUGACGGCCAUCCAAGAGCUGAUGAGUAAAGAGACGCCAGUGACAGGAGGAAAUGACUCAUACGUGGAUCUUGACAGACAGUAUAAGAAGACGGUAGAGGAGCUGAAUGACGCCUUGGCCACAAAGGAAGAGAUCUCCCAGAGGUGUCGUGAGCUCGACAUGCAGGUGGCAGCGCUGCAAGAGGAGAAGAGCAGUUUGCUAGCAGAAAACCAGGUCCUGAUGGAGCGACUCAACCAAUCUGACUCCAUAGAGGAUAUAAACAGCCCUGCGGGACGCAGACACCUCCAGCUGCAGACACAACUGGAGCAACUACAGGAGGAAACCUUCAGGUUGGAAGCAUCAAAAGAUGACUACCGGAUCCGUUGUGAAGAGCUUGAAAAAGAACUCUUGGAUGUGAAGUCGCAGAAUGAAGAGCUCACGUCACUUGCAGAUGAAGCCCAGUCUCUCAAAGAUGAGAUGGACGUCCUAAGGCAUUCUUCAGACAAAGUGUCGAAGCUGGAGGGCACAGUGGAACACUACAAGAAGAAACUGGAGGACAUGGGACUCCUCAGGAGACAGAAUAAGCUCAUGGAGGAGAAGAACACAGUGUUGGUGCAGGCCAACGUCGGCUUGGAAGAAGAGCUACGAAAGGCGAAUGCUUCCAAGGCCCAACUGGAGACAUACAAGAGACAGGUGGUUGAACUUCAGAACAGACUGUCAGAAGAGUCUAAAAAGGCCGACAAGAUGGAGUUUGAGUACAAGCGCGUCAAAGAGAAAGUGGACUCCCUACAAAAAGAAAAAGAUCGUAUGCGGACAGAGAGAGACUCUCUGAAGGAGACUAUUGAGGAGCUACAUUGUGUCCAAGCCCAGGAGGGACAGCUUACAUCAGGUUUGCUCCCGUUGACCAGCAAUGACGGCUCUGAUUCACUGGCUGCUGAGAUCACCACCCCGGAGAUUAGAGAACACUUGAUCCGUCUUCAGCACGAGAACAAGAUGUUGAAGCUGGCCCAGGAGGGAUCAGACAAUGAGAAGAUCGCGCUGCUGCAGAGUCUACUGGAGGACGCCAACAGAAGAAAGAAUGAACUGGAGACGGAGAACAGGCUAAUCAACCAACGCCUGAUGGAGGAACAGAGUCAGGUGGAAGAGCUUCAGAAGUCUCUUCAAGAACAGGACUCCAAGGCAGAUGAUUCUUCUAUUCUGAAGAAGAAAUAUGAGGAGCACAUGGAGAAACUACGAGAGCUGAACAACGAGUUACUGAAGAAAAACUCCUUCAUCGACGAGCUGGAGCCUAAAUACAACGCCAGCUCUCAACGAGUGGACGAGCUGGAAGAGGCAUUGAAGAAGAAAGAUGAAGACAUGAAACAGAUGGAGGAGAGAUACAAGAAAUAUCUGGAAAAGGCCAAGAGCGUUAUCCGGACCCUGGACCCCAAGCAGAACCAGGGCUCAGGUCCGGAGGUCCAGGCCCUGAAGAACCAGCUGCAGGAGAAAGAGAGGAUGUUACACUCGCUGGAGAAAGAGAUGGACAAAACAAAAGGCCAGAGAGACUACGAGGAGAAACUGAUUGUUUCAGCCUGGUACAAUAUGGGUAUGUCUCUGCAGAAGAAGGCGGCUGAAGACAGACUUGCCAACACCGGCUCUGGUCAGUCAUUCCUGGCCCGGCAGAGACAAGCCACCAGCACACGCCGCUCCUUCCCAGGCCACGUCCAGCCAGCUACCGCAAGAUCCAUGAGGUAGAGAUGCCAGACAAGGCUGCCCAAAUCGUACACCACUUUUUUUGUUUUUGUUGUUUGUCCUGACUAAGCAUAUUUUACCCUGACUUCCUGUGAUGCCAGACUUUUUCACACCCCAGCAUAUUUGAUAGGGCCUGUCUAAUCACUCCAAACACCCUCUCUUCCUCCCUCUCAACCACUGAAUUCCUCAACCUGCGCUCUGUCGCAGGCAACCCUGAAGCCAAGGCAGAGAAGAAUGGCAUCCUCCUCUUACGUUACUGUCAUUUUGUCUAGAAGAACUGCUCUGCCUGUUCAUGCAGUAUUUAUGCACAUCUCUACCUGUUAUAGCGUUUGAGGUUCGUCCUGUUUUUUGACUGGAGUUGCCAGAUGUUCUUAUGAUGUAGCUUUCAGCAGGCACCCGCUGGUUUCACUUACAUUUGUCAGUGUUAUACAUGGUGAAAAGUUGCUCUUCUGCCCAUUUAUUAAUUUGAAAUCAGUGAAUUUAGAUCAACAAUGAGCAAAAAUGACACUGAGAUGUAGGAAGCUAUAAAGUCACCAUGUAAAUGUUCCAUUUGCUUGCUAAAUUGUCUGAAUGAUCUCUGAUAGGACGACAUGAUUUGGGAAUCAACAGCAAUAACUGUGUGCAAAAAAUAAGUUCCCCCGAGAAAAGAAAGGCUUCAGCUGUUGCAGCUGUUUCAGAAGUUGCCGUUUCAAACUAGACUGUGGCAAACAUCAAUGUGAUCAACAAACAAAUAUAGACUGCUUUUAGUUAUCUUUCUUAAAGAGCCACUGUCGAACAAACAGGGAAAGACUUCAGCUCACAUGGUUUUAGCUUUUACCAGCAUUCACCAGGUUGUCUAAGACAACAGAGUACGUGCCAUAGUAUUACAUUUAAAUGUUUUUACCACAUUAUUUGGUCGAUGUUAUCGUUGCAAUACUGCAGGCUUCUCUCCUCACACUACACAGACAGAAAAGCGAUGAGGGAAUGUCUGAUCAUGAGAUAGUUGCUGAGUAAUGUAGCUGGGUCUGGGUGUAGGAUUGUAAAUCCACUUUUAUUCAGUGUAGCUCAUUGAAAUGGAUCUACUUCCCAUUUUCUUACAGUAAAAAUGUUUUUCAGUGUGUUUUUAAAGGGCUGCUGUGUAGUUUUGGAGAAGAAAUUCAAAACUUUGAAUAUUUACAAUAUUAAUGAGGUAAUGAUACAAACUCAGAGAUAUUUAUUAUUUUUCCAUGAAUACACAAGCUCUUCUCGGAGGAAAACAAGGUCCCCUGACUGUUGUGAGCUAGGAAGGUGGCAGGGUCCGGCAAAUGUGUCCAAACUAAGUAAAACAGCAGGAAACAAAUCAGCCUACGAAGAGUUUACUCUUCUGAUUAAAAUUUCUUUCCCAAAAUCUACAUAGUGCAUCUUUAAAGGUGUUUUAAGAAGCCACUACACAGGAGUGCCCGUGUCACUUUAAAUAGGAAUCGUGAAUGCUCGUUGCAGGGGUUCCUAUCCUCUGUCUAACCCAUUUUUCUUCCAUUCUGUUUAAGUCAUACUUGUUUUUAAGGCACAUCAUGACCGACCUCUUGAUAACAUGAUGGACUGUUAGAAGCCUUUCAAAUUAACCCAGUUCACUUGCUGUCUAUGUGUUCAGAACUCCAGGCAAACAGGCCCUGCCGUCUCACCAUUAUCUCUCUCUCUCUCUCUCUCCUCCCUCAACAGCAAUGUCACUGCAUGACUGGCACACCAAUGAACCAGUGAAACAAUGUCCUGUCUUUGGCCAGGCUGAGGCACACGAUGCAUGAACUACCUGCCUGUCUACUGUUUUGCAUGACUUUGCAUUGACUCAAGCCUGCCAAUAACCAGCAGCAGCAGCAGCGGCGGCGGCAGCAGCGGCAGCAUGAGCACUAACAACCCUCUGCGGCGUCAUGCAUUGUUACCUCCAGACAAGCCUGAGGAGGGAUGGGGUCAGGAAAAAAAAAAAAAAAAAAAAGCAAACCCUCACCCUCCUGCUCCCAAUUAAUCUCCUCUCCACCCUUCCAGCCUCUUACUGCUCAUGUCCCCCUGCUCUUUGUUGUCCUCGCCAUUUUCCCUGUUCUCCUCUCCUCCAUCUCCCCUCCUCACUCUUCAUGUACAUGCCUGCUUGUGCUUCCACACUCAGUCUGUUACAAUUCAAUCUGUGCUACAAACACCUUGGACAGGGACACCAUAUCACAGUUGAUCAAUUAAUAAGCCUUUUUUCUGUAGUACUUCUGUGUGACUUGGCGUGGGCUGGCUGCUACGGGAUACCUCAAUGACAUAUUUUUCCACAUAUCUGUUUGUAUUCACAUAGUAGGAGGAGAGUGGGCAUCAGUGUGAGAGAACAAUUUGAGAGGUCUGCAUAAUGAGGAGUUAGCUCUCCUUUAAACCUGAAAGUGUGUGUGUGUGUGUGUGUGUGUGUGUGUGUGUGUGUCUCCUGCAGUGGUUCUUCCCAGUCUCUCCUCAACGUGUUGCUAGGUGGCAUCAUUAGAAGUGGUUUUACCUCAAGUAUUAGUGAGUACAACAAGUUUUGGACUAAAGGAGAGCUUAUGGGGCAUUACUGUGUCGGCCUAUAGGCUUUCGGGGAGUUAGCAUUUGGAGCAUAGGAUGGCAAAAUAACUUUUUUUCUUUCUUUUUUUUUUUUUUUUAAUGAUUAACAUUGUUACUGAUAUGAUUUAUACAGGAUAAAAGCCCCCUUUAAGCCUACUUGUAAUUUUUCUUUAGAUGGAAUUUAAUGACAGCGUAGUAUCCAAUCCUCCGUGAAAGAGUCAUUUGAUACACAUCAAUAUUCUGUCUCCAAAAUUGGCUGUAGUGUUAUUUGUCUAAGUAGCAAAUAACAUGAUCCAUGAUUGCGUCCUGCAUUGUCUCAUUAUAACACUCCUCGAUCUCUCUGGAUCACAAGCUGCGUGGCUAACUCAGCAAGUAGCGGCUACAUAGUAACUUAAAGAUAUGAAACUGUACAUUAGCUCACGCAGGCUAACGUACCGUACAUUCAUAUGGUUGGAUUGAAAAGGCUAAUUGUUUAAAAACGAAGAAAGGGAAAUUAUUGCAACAAUCUCUGAAGAUGUAAUUUAAUGAGGGUUUUAUCUGGAAUCAGCAGGAUCUUUUAAAGUGUUCACACCAGCCUCCAUAAUAAUCGUGCAUUUGUUUUACGGUGUUAUGUUAAGUGAAAACAGUCUUUUGGCGCUGAUAGACGAAGUUGACUGCUUAAACAUGCAGUGUUAACUGCAGCACACGAGUCAUACAAGACGGGGAGACCUGCCUUGGUGUCGCUUUAAGUCACUCUGUACAUUAUGUUUAGCUUUUUAAAUUAAUGUCUUAUUUAAAUUUUAUUUCCGGAGCUUAUUGAAGGUAUCUGGAUAGAAAAGAGAGACUAAAAAAGAAAACAACCUGGACCUAAUGAUAUAUGCAUAUUACAGGCAUAAGUGCAUACAUUUAUUUUCAAAUGAGAGAGAUGGUUGAAUCCUCUAAUUUAGUGCCUUUGUUAAAACAUAUUAACGAAAAAAGAAGACUGGCAGCAGUGCAUGCUGCCUUUUAAGACCAGUUUUUUUUUAUUGUGUUAUUUAAAAAGAGGAAAAAAGAGAGAUUUCUCAACAAAACCCUUGUAUUGUUUAAAGUAGGCUUAAUGAGGGCUUUUCUUCUGUUUUUUAACCUAUUUUACUCAUAAGUAUUAUUGUGUAACCUUGGUAUAAUUCAUGCCGUGCAUUUUUAUCAUAAUGGCUUAUUUAUUCUUUUGCCGCUUGUACAGCAGUGUUGUUACAUUUUUUUUUAUAUAUACAUUAGUAGUAUUAUUAUAUCGCCACUUAUACUGUUACAAUGGAUGUGAAGUUUCCGUAUGACGUCAGAAUACUGUUAAAUACUUGUCUUAUGCAACAAAAGGAGACGAUGGGUUGAAAUAGUGUUGUGUCUUUUCUGUCUGAUGAAAACGACAUGAAGGUGAUUCGCCUGUUGAAACAGUGUCGAGUCAGAUCAGUGGAAAAGGGAGAAAAAAACACAGCAAGGUUACAUUUACCUCCAGUCUCUUCAGAAGAGUUUUAGAGUUUCUUAGAGAAUUAUUAGCACUAAGGAACAUUUCAUAUUUUCUCAUGAACAAAUAAAAAAAAGCACAUUUUACACUUUAAUUCACUGACUUGUCGGUGAAUUUACUGUGACCCUACAAAUCAUCCUAUUUUUGAGUUUUGUAGUCACAGCAGCAAAGACUUGGCUCCUGUCUGUGGGAAAAGGCUUCAUUGGCUAUUGUGUGAUGACAUUGGAAUGUUGUUACCUCUGGUGAUUUUAUCUUGAUUUAAAUAAGGACAAUUGUACAUUCAACAUCCAAUGAAUGUGUUUUCCAGAAGUGAAUGAUGAAAAAAACAUGACAGAAAUGGUUCAGUUCAGUUCAGAGAUGACACAUUUUGUCCAGUUCUGUGCUUCUUCUGUCCGAAUCUGUUUUUGUAAACCACUUGCCAUUAACAUCCGCAGUUUAAGCUGUAAGCUAUAUUACACACGACUCUCUUAACCGUCCAUCCCCAUUAGCAAUCAAUUUAGUAAGAAAUCUGUAUAUAAUGGCAAACAUCCACGUUGAGGUUGACCUGUUCAAAUUUAUAUCAGGGAUGCUGGGGAAACAAUUUCAGUUCUUUAAUAUCUCAAUAAGAGAAAUAAUGACAAUUGUGUAGACCCCUUAUAUCCCCCAUUAAGUCAGCCACUGUAUUUUGUUGCAUAUGUAGGUCUGUGUGUUUACUCUAUAUUAUGGGCAAAUUAGUAGAUUGGAGGAAAGAUGCUCACAGUCAUCUAACCAGAGGAGCCAGAUAGUAUGGGCCAUCUUCAGACCCUUUUAGAGCUAAUAACUAGUCGGAAAGGAAGGAAAGUUGACACCUCGAUGUUGUUGAAGCUAUAACUCAAAAUCUUUCCUUAGUUUUAAUGUCCAAGAACAGUUUACCGAAUGAGUGUUACGGUAAUCUUCACAGAACUCUUGUCAUAUUGCGGUGUAUUACUUACAUGCCUACGGUAAAAACGAAUACCCGGUGUUCCCUAAAGUGUUACUUGACUGCUAAUUGCACUGUGGGCCGGUCAUAAAGGUGUAUUUAAGAGGUGAAACGAACAACAUGCGGCUGUUCAACAGGUCACAAUCUCUCACUAUGCGUGCAGUGUUUGCUGUAUUUUUUUAAUCAUUGGCAAACUUUUCUUUACGUAUCGAAGUAGCAAAUAACCUUCCAUUUGCCAAGUUUUAUAAUGCUUGUAUACAAACACACUAUGUACAUACUGUAUGUGACAGUGGUAGAGGAGGUGUCUGGCCAUUUGAGAAUGAGGAAAAAGAAGACUCAUGUUUAGCUAGAUGGAUUUCAUAUAGCAUCUGUCCGACGAGGACCUAUCGAUGAAAAUGUGCUUCCUACACUGCGAAACUUGGAAAUGACGUUGUAAAUAAAGCUUGUAUAAAACAGGG